AUGAACUACUCUGAGGUGGAGACAAAAGUUCGCGAGGCAACUAAUGAUGAUGCUUGGGGACCACCUGUUCGACAGAAAUCUAAAGAUAUCAUUGCUUUCUUACAAGACGACGAAAGAUUAAGAGAAGCAAGAAAAAAUGCUCGUGACCGUUAUGAUCCUGAACCACGCACUCGAUCGAAUUUUCAUGAUCCAGCAGGAAUAUCGUCAAAAAAAUAUACAGAUGAUGACGAUGAAGAGGAGAGUGUUGCCACUAAACCAUAUCGAGACUCUUCUCCUUCUGACGACAAGGAGGAGGUUGAAGAGGAGACAAAGAAAGAGAAGACUUCAGUUAGUACAAAAACUGACCCAGUUCGUAAAACUCAGCCUACUAAACUGGUUGAUCUGGGGGCUGCAGCUAAUUUAGGAUCACAAUCUGUUCCAUCACAGCAGACAAAUGAUACCAGUCUUGAGGAAAUUUUUGGAAAUUUUCCCUCAUCUAGUGAACAACAACAUCAACCACAAACAACCAAAAAACAAGAUAUUCUCUCUGGUGACUCAGUUCUGAGGACUUUGGUGAUUUUACUGGACUCUCCUCAACCAAUACAGGAGGUUCCUCUGGACAGUUUGCUGAUUUUGGUGCCUUUGGACAACCACAGACUCAGCCUCAAGGACAGUUUGGUGAUUUCAGUGCAUUUUUCUCAACCUCCAAAAUCACAGACAGAGUCCUUAGGACAAUUUGGGGACUUUGGUUCUUUCUCACACAACAACCACAAUCUCAGUCUCCGGGAAUUUUUGUCCUCAUCAAAAUCAACAUUAUGGACAUCACCUGGUGUUAAUAUUGAUCUCGAUAACCUGACAGGAUUUAAACCAAAGACUUCCACAGCUGCUCCUAGCAUGAACCAAAUGUCCUCGUCGACAGCAACAGGAGGUCUCUUGUCUGGUCAAACUGGUCCUAACUAUAACAUUGAUCUCAUUGGUAUGAGCUCUGGUGCACGGCCCCACUGGGGGUCCUAUGAUGCCUGGCUAUAG